CGCGGCGAGAGAAUGGCAGGACGAGAAAACACAUGCACUCCAAGAUGUCAACGAUCCGAAAGCCAACCCAACACUAUCAAGCUUCACAUAUUCCGGCAAUCCUAUACACUCCCUCAAACACUCCAUACCCUAUGAACCAUGAGUUCCAACCCCUUCUCUGCGGCGAUCAGGGGCGUCAAAAAGAAGAUAGAUCCUGGCCGUUAUGACGAUGGCCAUACCAAACGCACUUCUACCAACGAGCCGCUCACCCAUCUGCCCGUCAAGACGCUCUCCAAGCUAACGCCGGAAGAGCUAAGAAACUAUCCAAAUGACCAGCUUGAGAGGCUUGAGCUUGAUCGACUUCAAGUCCUCCCCGGCGAGACUCUUUCAAGAUUGAACCCCGAUGUCCUUGCGCGCCUGCCUUCUAAAACCAUCUCGAGGCUCACCCCCGAGGCACUGGUCCAACUUCCAGCAGCCGUACUUGCUGAACUCUCGAAUCACUUUCUGUCCGCGGCGCCUCCCGAAGUUCUCUUUCGCGCCUUGCCCGCCCUUGACUCGGAUGAUCUUCGUAAACUGAAGAAGGCCAUUCAUCGAAUCGGCCAUGAACGGUUGAGGCAACUUCCCCCUGACGUUAUCAGAAGAUUGCCAAUCCCCGAUAUAGAUGUACCAGCCCCCGAAAGUCCGCAACUUCCAAUCCAAAAGCAUGACAUUUCUAUCCACCGGUUGGACAAAGGGUUGCCGGCUAUCCCGCAGUCGACGCACGACUUUGGCAUGUCAACAGAGUAUCUUGACAGUCGCUAUGAGCAGCAGUCAGGAGUGAUGUCCUUCAGUGCCCACUACAACACCGCCAAUAUCGACCCAUCAGCCUUCCCUUCCUCAGCCGACCGGUCAUACGCAAGUCCGCCAUCUCCAACUCACACAUACACCGGACGGAGCAGCCCGGCCGCUGUCAAGUCACUUGCCACUGUCCAUACAACGACAUACCCUCCAAAAACCUCGGAUCACAGGCCACCGCAUGCACCGAGAAGGAACAGCAGUGUUUCCAGGGGGUCACAUACUCGGGCCCGUUCGUCCAGCCGCGGUCCUAAACCGGAUCGGGAGCGGGAAUACCAAGCCUAUACCUCAGCGUGCCCACGUCCGGUAACAGUCGCGGAAUAUGGACCUACGAAGGUCUCAGAGCUUCCUAGAGAUGUCUCUGAGCUGGGAUUUCCAACAGCACCGCCAAGGUUGAGCUCUCACAUCGAUGAUCUUUCCCCUUCAGAGAUUAUCAGGCGAGCAGAGACUUGGAAGGAAGAACACCGAGAGAUCCCACGGAAAGAGACUCCAAGGGAAUCUCGAGAGAUCAUCCCCAAAGAAGACCCCCGGUCCAUGUCUCCAACCUCGACUUCAACCUCAUCAAGCCCAGAGGUAGCCUCUUUCGCCGAACGCGAACGGGCUGCUCAGGGGCACAUGAUAUCGAGUGCAAACGAUGACGCCGGCUCGAACUACAAAGACCGAGUGAUCAAAGACCAUACAAUCAGUGAGCUCAAAAUGGAACGAGAUAACCUCAAUAACCAGCUUAUCAACGCCAAAGCCAAGAAUAUAGCACUGUUAGACCGUCUGGACAAAUACCUUGAGAGGAAAAGCCCGAGCAAAAAGCAUACAGGCGACGCCAUUGACGUGGUAAUUGCUUAUUGUGAAGAGCUCUGCGAUGGCCAUAGCAAGAUUGCCAAAGCAAAUAAGGACUGGGAAGAUACUUGGCUGCGUGAAAAGAAGCACCGCCAGGAGGUAGAGGACCAACUCGAAGAAAAAUCUCGGCGGUUGCGGGUUGCUGAAGACAACCUUCUUGGUCUGCAGAGCAAAGUGAAUGAGUACAGCCAGCGAGCCACCGAGCUUGAAACCCAAGAAAGCUCCCUCCGCAACGACCUCGGCCGUCUCGAGCGCGAAAACAAGGAGCUCCAUAAACGCUGUGAGAACCAAAAAGCACAUUCCGACGCUGUCAUCAAGAAGAUCCAACAUGAGCACGAGAGCAACGUGGCUCAGCUGCGCCAGACCGCAGCGGACCAUGACUCCCAAAUGCGCUCCCAGCAGGAUCACCACGAAUCCGAGGUCCGCGCACAGAAAGAAUACUAUGCUCAAGAAAUGCAAAAACAAAGGGUGUACUACGAGGGCCAGGUCAACUCCCUCCAUCAACAGCUCGCCGACCAGUCCCAGUCCCACCAGACGCAGCUAGCCCAGGCAACAAAAGACCUGCAAGACACCAUCACCAACCUCCACUCGCAGCACCAGCAGGAACUCAACCGCAUGGAAACCGCCUUCAACGAAAACGUCGCCGCGCUCCAGACCACUCACAACCAACAAAUUGCCGCGCAGCAGAAGAAGCACGAGCAGGAUAUCCAGCGCUUGAACAAGAAGCACGCGCGCAACGUCGUCGACCUUCGAGAGAAGGUGCAGAGUUUAGAGAACGAUUUGGUAGGGAACAAUGACGAUUUCCGUCCGGCCACCGACGAUAGCCUCAAGAUCCAGUAUCGCCAGUUGAAACUGUGCAUUGAUAUGGUUACUGAGCCUAUCAACUUGGGCAUCAGCGGGGUACCGAGGAACUUGGGCAAGUUAGAUCCAACGAGGUUCUUGGAGAGGGAGGGUAAGAAUCAACUGCGUUUCCUGCUGAGGAGCGUUGUCUGGCAGAAAAUUGUCGAGGGGUUCUUUUCCGAGCCGUUUGGAUUCGGGGCGUUGGGGAGGGGAGAGGGGAGGGAGGUGUUGAGGGGGGUGGUGGAAGGGUGGAGGGGGUUGUGUGGUUAUGAUGACGGGUCUUUGUCGAAUGGAAAGACGGCAUCCCGAUCAACAACAACAGACACCGACCUUCUAACCCCCUUCUUCCACUCCCGUGAAGCCAACAAAUGGCGAUCCGCCACCUUCCAAUCCAUCCUCAUGGCCGUUGCCCCCCCUUCGUCCUCCAUGUCCGGCAACAAGUCCAACUCUCGAAAAGGCCAACAACAAGCGCCCAGCCCCAGCAGCACCCCGGGCCCCCCAGAACAUCCCAUUGCCACACCUUACUACGCCAAUAUCAACCAAGUCCAAUCCCAAAUCGUCGCCCUCCUCUCUUCCAUUUGCUCAGAAACCUUGUCACCUGAGAUCCAAUCCAAAGUAUCCGAGCUGGCCCGCCAAGCCGGAGAAUUAGCCCUCCAAUUCGGGGCCCAACGGGCGCAGCUGGGGUUGGAGGUGCCGAAGAGGGGAGAGCAAGUGAAGAUUGGCACGGAGUCAGGGUGGGUGGAUUGCGAAGACGGCGAUUCUUUUGGUGGGAGAAGGGGGGUGGAGGUGGAGGUUGACUUGUGUGUGAGUCCGAAGGUUUAUAGAGUGGGGGAUAUGGAUGGGAGGAACAUGGGGGAUAGGAAGGGAGCAAAGGUGAAGGCGAUUGUUGCUGGGGAGGUUUAUCCUAGGCGGUCGUAGGGCUGAUGACGGGAUGGGUGUGAUGGGAGUAGAAAGAGGGGAAGAGGGGAAGAGGGGAAGAGAAGAACAGGAGAUAAACUGAAUUCAAGUUCGUUUGCACUGACGGCACUGACCGAAAAAUAAACAGAAGCAUAAAGAGGAAUGAAGACAUCAUGCUCUCAUUACCAUUCAUCAUAACAUCAUUGAGCCGCCGAAACCCCCAAAACACUAAAACACCAACCCCAACAUCA